ACAAACCCUGCAAUAACCGGUCUGGCUUUUUAUGCCCCCAGUGUCAGCCAGAUGCAGCUCCUUUUGUGUGCACUUUAAUUGACAAGGGACACUGAGCACAGGGUGACAUGGAUCCUGUCAGGAAAAGGGCUGCUUUGUCACUCAGGCAGUUUUGUGACUUGCUCACAUCUCUCUAGCUAUAAUAGGUUAUUAGCAUGUCAGCCUUCUUUCCCCGGAGCCACGGCAGACGUACAACAUCUGAGGACUUUGAGUAGGCUCUCACUGCCUUCCCCUUUUAACAGCAGGAGCCUGGUGAUUUCACUAGAAAACAAGAUGCAGUUACUUUUGCGUAGCAGAUAUUAGGAAGCGGUUAGAGUGGCUGGUCCUGUGCGAGAUCACUUGAUGCCUUAUUUCCUAAGGCGCACUCUGUUAUAUGCUCUUAUUACACAGGAUUAGGAAGCGGGUUAGGGAUACCUGACUUUUUUUCCCCCCCAGAACUCAUGCAAUAAAACCGCUCCAGAAAGGCAGUGAUGGGUUGUGUUCUUUCUGGAUUGAAGUGGCCUCGGACACCUUCUAAGGACCAUGUCACACCUGAACCCCUUCUACCUACACUGGGCCUAACUCCGCAACAACAGCAGCUGCUUAUAGAGACGUGGGAACUCCUUAAGCAGGAUAUUGCAAAGGUUGGAGUCAUUGUCUUUAUCAGGUAAGGUUUAAACCACAUUUAAAAUUUAUCGGCGAAAACAUUUCAUUUUAACUGCAAAUUACUAAAUGCUGAGAUGGUCUAUUGGUUUCCAUGGUGAUAGCUCCUGAUUUAGCUCCAGAAUAUUUGCCCCAUAACAGCACCUGUUUUUUUUUUUUUCUUAAUAAAUCUCCCUCAUUGUCUGUUAAUCUUUUUUUAUUUUAUUUUAGCCGUGCAGUGUUAAGUAUAAGCUUUCGUAUUGACUUUGACUUAUAACAAGAGGUGUGAAGACAAUGUUUAAAGAAGUAAGGUCAAGAUGUACUGCCCUUUUUUUUUAUUUUUAUUUUUUUUAAGAAAACAAGCUUAUUCGCAUUAGGCCAAUACAUUAAUAGUAAGGUCAUAGAAACAUGCAAAAUGCAAGUAGCUUAAACUAGAGGCAGAUAAAGUAAACAACCAGGCCUAUUGUAAGAGAUUAUUAACGUAGGUUACAGCCCCCCUCGCAACUUUUUCUUUUAACUCCAAAAAACACAAAGAUAUCUGAAGUUGGCAAAUAAACAACUGUCUAGAACUGUCGGAAGAGGUUUUUAUAUCUGUGACUGCUCGUGUUAACCCACUGAAUUUAUGCGGUUCCCUUCCAGAAUGGAGAGGAGAGAUUUAUGUAAGGAGAUACGAUGGUGUAAUAUGGUUAUUGUGAUAUUGGUUAUAGUAGCUGUAUAUUGAGUGUGUGCAUAUGUAUGUGUAUAUAAUAUAUUAUUGUUACGUAUAUGCAGGUACGAACUAGAAGUCUGUGAACUGUUCUCCCACCUAUGAGAUUUUUCAUUAAAUAAAGAAUUAACAAGGAGAUUACAUAAUUUAAGCCAAAGUAGACUACACUAUUAAAAUAGCCGAGAUGAAGGAUCCCACAAAAUAAAGACUUAUUGGUGAUUUACAUAGAAUGUGUCGGCAAAUAAGAACCAUUCGGCCCAUCUAGUCUGUCCAAUUUUCUCAAUAUUUGCAUUAGUCUCUUAUAUCUAGGAUAGCCUUAUGCCUAUCCCACGCAUCCACUCCCUCACUGUGUUAACCUCUACCACUUCAGCUGGAAGGCUAUUCCAUGCAUCCACUACCCUCUCUGUAAAGUAAUACUUCCUUAUACUGUUUUUAAACCUUUGCUUCUCUAAUUCAAGACUAUGACCUCUUGUUGUGGUAGUUUCCUUUCUUUUAAAUAUAGUCUCCUCCUUUACUAUGUUGAUUGCCUUUUACAUAUUUAAAUGUUUCUAUCAUAUCCGCCCGUCUCGUAUUUCUUCCAAACUAUACAUGUUAAGACUUGGUCCCAUUUUCAAUCCAAAUGAUAGAGAUCCCAAGUUACGAUUACAUAUAUCACUUGUUUUUGACCCACUCCCCACGAUCCUGUAAGAAAGCAAUUUAUAAUUACGUUUUUUACAAUUGUUUACACUUAUUAAUGAUUCUAUAUGGAUAACGUUAUAAGCCAUUCAAAAACCAAAUACAUACACAAUUUGAUCUAUAUCUGUAGAGACCCCCAGGAGGGUUCCUUAAUUAAGUAUGCAGAGAAAGCAAGUAUUGAGUGAGCUAGGUAUCGAACAUCUCCCACAGACCUUACACCUCGAUACAAGUGAUAAUAUACACCAAUUAUCUGUGCCUCUAUUAUAGCGCCUGCAGAGAGAGGGUUGUUGGGUUGAAAUCUACUUUUAGCCCACCUGUUGUGAGCUAAAUGAAUCGCCUGAUAUUGGUGCCAUAUGUCUGUUUAUUGCUACCUUAACCUUGCUGCUCAACCUUUAUUACCACCAAAGGGUAUCUGCUCCUGAUAGGAUUCGUAUUAAAUGAGAAAACCAGGGGCUGGCUGCACUCCCCUAAACAUGCUUAAAUGGGGUGCUGCUGGGGGCCAAUAAGUACAGUAAAAAUGAAAAUCCAGCGCACUCCCUUAUCUGCUAAACAGCUAUUUUGCUAGUUUUAUUAAAAACACCUAAUCUAGGCAAAAACCAAUGGGGGUUUAGUUAUAACAAAACCCCUAUUGUUUUUUGCCUAGAUUAGGAUUCGGAUUAAAGACAUGUCAUAACAACCAGCUCCAUUUAUACCAUACACGCAAUAAAAAAUGAAAGAGGCUAACCUUGCUGAAUGCUUUCCACUGCUGACUGCUAUGCUCAUGGUAAUGCCUCAAUAAAAUAAAGAUUGCCAAAAAAGAAAUCUGCUUAUAGAUUUAUCAGCGUUAAUAUAGCGCGAACAUAUUCCGCAAUGCUUUAGUUAUACAGUGGAAGUAUUGCUACAAGAGCCGAAUAGGGCAGUUCUAAAGAGAAGAUGUCUUUUCUUGGGAGCAGACCCAGGAAGCAUCGGUCGGGACAGAUACAGAGUAAAAACACUGCUACGUAUCACAACGUUAAUGUAUAGUUAUACAAGGCUUUUUAAAAGGAAUAGGAUUUAAUGUAACCGUCACAUGGUUUAAAAAUUAAUAUCCAUGAUUUUUAUAUACACCUCCUUGUAUUUUCUUUGUCAAUUGUUUCCUAUGAAUUAACUUAAAAAGAAAAGGGCAUUUUCUCACGACAGUCUUAGUUCUGCUUGAAUUCCAUUUCAGGAAUCCAUGUGUUUUCCAUUAAAUACAAACAUUUUCUGAUUAUCUGUACACAUUUUACAUGACAUCCUGGGAGAGACACUAUUUUUAAGAGUUGUGGCAUAUUUUUGGUUGGUAUUCUUUUUUCGUGUGUGCAUAUAUAUAUAUUGCAGACGCUGUGAAGCAUUUUAUUUGAGAAAGUACUUUAUAUUAUGAACAUUUAAUUAUUUAUUUUUUCUCACAGCAACUUAAAAGGAACUGUCACAAUAAGAGUUUUUACACAAUUUGAUUGCUAUCUUAAAGUUUCAACUUGAACCUUAUGCAUUUUUAGAAGUAAACAAAAAAGCAAAUGUGCAGGUUAUCUCACUCGAAUUUACUGGGGUGGAUAAUGAGAGACCCUGGCACUUCUAGAAAAAUAUUUAAUGCUUUAUAGCAUAGGCUUGAUUCUUUCCAAAAUAAUUCCUGUACUGAUUCUGAGCAGUCGAUCAUUAACAUCCGAACACGCGCGUUAUCUGCAUUGCAAAGACCGUACAGAAUGUGGGGUGAAAAUCUCAAAACAUGACAUGUGGAUAUUGUCAAUUUGCACGUCAUUCGAGAAGUGUUACAUUCUUUCAGGGAUAUAAUGUCCAGCUAACUAUUUAAGGAUGUGUCUAGGGCUAUAUAGAUUGAGUACAGCAGGAUGGCUUGGACGUUCUCAUUAUAAUAGUCUAUAUGAUUUGUAUUAAGUUGCAGAUAAUUUUAUGAAUAAUGGGGUGGGUGAGUUGAAGAUGGACAGUGGAAAUUCUAGAAUACAUCUCCUUAACCCGUGUGAAAUAUUCAAAAUCAGAUUCCAAAGGUUUCGCAGAGUACUGCAAAUAGAAAGGCGUUUUAUUCAGGAUCAGGAGAACAAAAUUAUAUACAACAUUUUGACGUCAAUCCUUGUGUAUGUUUAUGGCUUGAUGCCCAAACAUUGUAUAUAAUUUUAUUUGCACUAUGUGAAAUCUUUGGGAUUUGAUUUUGAAUAAUUAUAAGGGAGUGCAGAUCCCUUGCAUGGUCCCCAAGCAUGAUAGCAGACUCCAUUUGGGUUCCCAGGGAACAAUUUCAGAAUUGUAACCUUUACCCGAAUGUUCACGUACAGUAUAUACACAGGGCACUAUGUCCCAUCUCUGUAUUUUUAUUUAACUUUUUUGUUUAUAAAAAAAGAAACAAUACUGCUUUUCAAGGGUGUAUUAGAAUUCCACUUAGGGUGGGGUAGGCUGAGUGCCUUGUUCAGCAGUGUGUCUGUGAGGACAUAAUUUGACUUUCUGCCCUGCCCCAGGAGGAAGAGUGUUAUUACUAAAGUGAGAAUUGUCAGGACUUCAAAGUGAAUUUCACAUUUAGAAACAUAGAAUGUGAUGGCAGAUCAGAACGAUUCGGCCCAUCUAGUCUGCCCAAUUUUCUAAAUACUUUCAUUAGUCCCUGGCCUUAUCUUAUAGUUAGGAUAGCCUUAUGCCUAUCCCACGCAUGCUUAAACUCCCUCACUGUGUUAACCGCUACCACUUCAGCUGGAAGGCUAUUCCAUGCAUCCACUACCCUCUUAGUAAAGUAAUACUUCCUGAUAUUAUUUUUAAACCUUUGUCCCUCUAAUUUAAGACUAUGUCCUCUUGUUGUGGUAGUUUUUCUUCUUUUAAAUAUAGUCUCUUCCUUUACUGUGUUGAUUCCCUUUAUGUAUUUAAAUGUUUCUAUCAUAUCCCCCCGGUCAACAGGGAAAAUUCUCUUAAUGAGCUGUGCUUUUGUUUGGCUACUCUGGCCGUAAAUUUGUAAUUCAUUUUAAAUUUUACUUAAAAUGUUUAGUUUAGUAAAUAAACCUGUUUGACAGUGGUCAUGAGGCACUUAAUAAAAGCUGGCUCAGACUAGAAGCUUAUCAGAUGAAAGCACUUAGUAGACUACUCCAAGUUGUAUCCCCUCGGUGGUCCUUGGUUUCUGCUACUUUAAAUACUCCACAAUGCAUUUAUGCACAGUGGACUUUUUAGUUUUUUUAUUGUCUUUUUAUCCAGUUACCUGUAAUAAAGUGUUUUUGUGAUACUUCCUGCAUCCUGAAGUAUUUAAAGUAGCAGAAACCAAGGACCACCGAGGGGAUACAACAUGGAGUAGUCUACAAAGUGCAUUCAUCUGAUAAGCUUCUAGUCUGAGACAGCUUUUAUUAAGUGCCUCAUGGCCAUGUGAGUGUUACCAAUUCACAGUUUAAACUGUAUUUAGUUGCUGCGUUAUUACCCUAUGUUGGUAUUCUCCCUGUUUUUAUAUUUAUAGGAGGGAUUGUUGUAAUAACUCAACGUGCAAUAAGGGUAACGUGCAUUAUUAUACUUAUUAGUGUGCUCUCACCAUCCACUGAUUUUGACCUACUGGAUGGUUUUGUUUUAUGUGAAUGAGUGACUCACAUUGGUGAUUGUAGCACCUAUUCCUAACCGCUUUUACCUUAUUUUUGGUUUUUAUGCAUAGGCAUCGAUAAGGACACAAGCUAAUACAUAUUUUGAUAAUUUCAGGCUCUUUGAAACCCACCCGGAAUGCAAGGAUGUGUUUUUUCUCUUUCAUGAUGUGGAUGAUCUGAAAUUGAGUAAGGAAUUACGUGCCCACGGACUAAGGUAAGGAUCUCAUUUUCAUCACAUAACCCUCACUGUCUUCAGUUCUUGUCGAAUGGCUAAAACACACACACUGUAACAGAUCCAGCUGGAGGACUGUACUUCUAAUGAGAUCUAUUCUGGCCAAUCAGCAGUAAAUCCUCAGGCCUCUACUUAUUAGAAUAAUAGAAUCACCUAUAACCAAAACUGUUAAAGGAAUUUAAUAAAAAUGUAUAAUAAUGUUUUAGCCCUUUGAGCUUUUGGGAACCCAAUUUUCAGAGGUAUUUCCCCCCCCCACCCCCCCACACCCCCUCCCCCCAUUUUCUAUAUGAUCCAUCUCGUAUUCUAGAUUAUUUUGGAACACAGACAAUCUGAUCCUUGAUUCUGCGGUUUGAUCGUGUAGCUAAAGGCAGUACUGGUGUGUCAGUCAGUCAUGAACUUGCAGUUCAGUUGGCAUGCCUAUUGUCCUAUAACAAACAAUGAGAUGAUCUGGCUAAUCAAUUAACCAACUGGUUUGUGAAGAAUGUUCUUCAUAGACUUUGUCUCAACUUUCUGUCAAUGUCAUUUUCAUAUUUGUUGGAACAAGCUGGGUUGAAACCUCCACAAUAUUGCAUUUUUAGCAUUUUCUUUUAUGGUACUUGGAAAUCUAACCUUUAGAUGAAUAUGGUAGAGAAAAAAAAAUGUGCAUCCUGUAUAAUUUGUUUUUUCCCAGAGGGUUCUGUCUAAGGUUGAGGGUAGUUGCACUGAGAACUCAUGGUGUUACCCCUUCUGUUCUAAAGCUCCCAUACAGCUGUGGUUUUUUAACUAAAAUGAUGUGUCCUAUGGUGGCUUACAGAAGGCUGGUGUAUUCUGAUUGAUGGUGUAUAUUUAGAGAGGAAGAUAAUUAGCUAAAUGUGUGAGAUGACAGAUCUAACCAGCUCAGAGAAAAAUGUAAGGAAAUUGUUUAAGGAAAAAGAUUGGUGUUGCAACUAUGAACUGAUUCAAUAAAAAGCUCAUCUUUAUUAUAUUAAGGGAAAAAAAGUUAAAUUUUAUCUUGUUGGAUUCUGUGACAAACUCCCCUUCCACGUGAGUUUGCCACGAGCUCCUGGAGGAGCCUGCUUGCCAGCCUCCUGCCCACAGACUAUGAGCCCUGCAGGGAAAACUGUAAAAGUCUGUUUAAAUGGCUUGGUUCGUGUAAUUUCCCUAUAUCACUCGGGAACCGAACAACCACACGAACCAGGGACCACCCAGGAACGGUUCUCACCUCAAUGUUCUAAUUGUUUGUCUGUGUGGCCUCAAUUCGUAUGAACGACCACGAGGUGGCAGCCAGCUUGUUCGCAUGAACGCAGGCAGCAGUGUCUGGUUGUCAAGUUUAUGGAACUAAAACGGUGGAAACUUUUGUCUGGAUUAGGGGAACAAGUUCCACAGUUCAAAUAGAGACUAUGUUCAGUAUUUAGUUCGUAUUUUUGUUACCGAAGUUGACGGACAACUAGCCCUGAUUUCAUGGAACUAUUUUGAGCAUAGGACCAUGUGCGCGGUCGGUUAAAUAAUUUACUUCCAUUUAAAAGUCGAACCCCUGAACCGAUCUGGGUGAUUUUUGGGAUAUUUUGGUCACCCAAAUCGAGGCUAUCAGGGGAUGUGACUUUUGUGGGGUUUUCGUGGUUAUUGAAGGUACCUUUGGGGUGUUUGUAAAUGGUAUGUUUUUCUGUACCUGGGGAUAACUGAGUUUGUACAGUUCCUGACUCCAUUAUCUCCGAGGAACAGGGGAGGGAUUUUGUUUUGUGUGGGAGUGUCAUGGGUGUGUUUGACUGUGUCCAUAAAUGUAUAAAAGCAGAGCAUCUGGCCAGAUUAAAGCAUUCCAGCUUGUACUCCCAGAACUGAAUGUGUUGAAUGGUUACUGGAGGGGAAAGGGCUAAUCUCUACUCUAGCUUGUUCCAGUGUGGACGAUUCAACAGGGAAAGUCCUUGUAAGGACUAGAGCUCUGAGGACUGAGUGUCAUCCAGUGCCUGGGAGUGGAUAGAGCAAGUUCCCCCAUUCGGCUCCAGGACCCCAGUCAAGUCACGGUGACUGGGGGCAGGAGUGCUGAGGUUUGUCCCCUGUUCCAGCUAUGAAUCAAUCCUUUGGCGGAGGCACCCAGCCGGGGUACAGGGAGCUCUGCUACAUAUUCCUAGCACUAUAGUACCUUUCAUGCAUCCGAUAUAGAGUUUAAAACACUUUGGUCACUUACAAUAAUUCCAGCGCCAAUGUCAGGCUCCACCUCCACUCCUCUGCCGUCAGCCGAACCUAAUGUGCAUGCACAGCGAUUGCCCUGUUUGCAUUAGGACUUUCCCCUAGGAAAGCACUAAAUCAAUGCUUUUUUUUAUGGGGUUUUAGCUGAUGCUGGAUGUCCUCAUGCAAAGCAUGCAGAUGGUCAGUUAGUGGACCAAAAGUCUGCGAAGUACCCGAAAGAUAGCCACUAGAGGUGGCAUUAACCCUGCAAGGUAAUGAUUGCAGUUUAUCAAUCGCAGGGUUAAGGGGACGGGAGCACUGCACGCAGACCACAUGAGAUGAAGUGGUCUGGGUGACUACAGUGUCCCUUUAAACAAUACUUUCCUAAAAUAAAUUAGUUUAACACUUCAAAGAUUUAAAGGGACACAGUGAAUUGAGCAGUGAAAUUGCAGGGGAAUCAUCUACACACUAAAACUGCUUCAUUUAGCUAAAUUUAGGUGACUAUAGUGUUCCUUUAAAUCCAGUGGGCACUUGCAUGCUAUUCUCAAUCCUGGACCUGAAGGACUUGCCUUGUUGGGAAACCCCCAAAUCAAAGAAUAAGUGGUUAAUUCCACUAUUGUAAUGGCGUAAACCACAUCAGAUGCUGCUGCAAGUAAAUAGCUUAGAGUAGACUAAAGUAGGUAUCAAAGAGCAGGAAGCUUGGAUACCUAUGUGAGCAUUGUGUGUGGUCUACAAAGUGAUCCGUAUGAGGAGGAAUAUUAAUAUAAUAACAAACUGUAAAAUGGUUUGUGAAGCAUUGAAAUUGGUAUGCUCUCUAAGCAUAGAUAUUAGGGCCUACAUGUACAGGUUGUGACUGAUCUUCUUCUAUUUUAUUGAUCUCCAUUUCCCCUGCCAGGGUCCUAUCCGUUGUGGAGAAGAGUGUAGCCCGGAUAGAAAAUGUAACUCGUCUGGAAAAAUUCCUCUUUGAGCUUGGAAGGAGUCAUUACAGAUACAAGGCACCUCCUAGAUAUUAUCAGGUAAAUCAUGUUACUUCUCUUAUCAUUCAGUACACUCAACCAAAUCAGCCAUUCUCUUAUCAACAAAAAACAAACACAAAUCAAAACAAGUUGCCAGAUUUAGCUGUUCUAGAACUCGCUGAAUUUAGUUAUAUGAACAUCUCCAAAUGUCUCAAAAUAGGGCUUCUGAACUGCUGUGCCCAUACGGUUAAAGGACCACUAUAGUGCCAGUAAAACAUACUCGUUUUCCUGGUACUAUAGUGUCCUGAGGGUGCCCCCUUCCGCCGGGCUCUGGGGAGAGGAACGGGUUAAAUUUAUCUCUGUCUCCAGCGCCGGGCGGGGAGCUCUCCGCCUUCUCUCCUCCUCCUCUUCGGCUGAAUGCGCAUGCGCGGCAGGAGAAGCACACGCAUUCAGCCAGUCCAUAGGAAAGCAUUCACAAUGCUUUCCUAUGGACGCUGGCGUCUUCUCACUGUGAUUUUCACAGUGAGAAGCACGCAAGCGCCUCUAGCGGCUGUCAAGAGACAGCCGCUAGAGGCUGGAUUAACCCUAUUAUAAACAUAGCAGUUUCUCUGAAACUGCUAUGUUUAUAAAAAAAUAAAAAUACAAAGGGUUAACCCUAGCUGGACCUGGCACCCAGACCACCUCAUUAAGCUGAAGUGGUCUGGGUGCCUAUAGUGGUCCUUUAACCGGAUAUGUGUACAUAUAAUAAACUUAUAUAUGCCAAAGCUCAGUAGUUGGUAUUUGGCCGCUUUUGUUUUGUCCAUUUAUUUUAUAUAUAAUAAACCGUGUUUGUUUCAAUAAAUGAUUGCCCAUUUAAUCUGUAGCCAUUAUAUUGUGCAUUGUGAUCGUUUGCAUAUAUAGGGGAAGGGGGGAGAAAGCCAGCGCCGACAGACCUGGGCAGCGCUGGAAAUAAGGUGAGUUUUUACUAUAUUUAAGGGGAGGCCAGUGAUCCUGAUCCUAUAGUGUUCCUUUCAAGUUUUACAGUGCGGAAAAUGUACAUUGAGAUGUAGUGGUUUUGGUGCUAACUGUCCAUUUUUAAAGUGACAUUGUCACCUGAAUCAGUCUUUCCAUAACUCCGUUUGAUGGACUCAGAAUAAAAUAUGUAGUACAUUUAGCAGGAAAUGCCACUCCAAGAAUUGCUAUUUUUGCAGUGAGGAGGUGGCCGUCUUGUAAUUACGCACAAUUUUCAAGCCUCUCCCUCACCAUUAUGGAUUAAAAAAGACAAAACUUAAAACUUUACAAAGACAUACUGACUGGCUGCUGCCAUCACAUGUGGUUUGUACAUUGGGUCCCACUUCCCAGGAAACAAUAAAUAGCUUUCUGAACUCUGACCUGUGUCCACAGUUAGCUAGAAAUCUAUUCAGAUCAUAUUUUGGAGCACAAUCUGUAUGCUGAACAGAUCUUAAAAUUAGCUCAAGUUGGUGGUUCGAUAUUCUAUAUUAAGAUUAAUGUACUAUAUCUUAUAAAAACGAAAUAAUAACAUGAUUUCCUUUUCAGUAUGUGGGGAUAGAGUUUCUAUCUGCCAUUCGCCCAAUUUUGAAAGAAAAAUGGACACCAGAGGUGGAGGAAGUGUGGAAAGUAAGUGCCGCCUUUUUUAAAAUUAUUAUUAAAUGACGUAAUAUUGAUGUAGCUAUCUAACCACUACAGUUCAGGUAGUAGUUAUGCAGCAGCUGAAUAUUGCCUGCUGACACUAUAACCACUGCAACAUGCUGUAGUGGUUAUGGUGCUUAGACUGCCCAUUUAAAAGUAGCCUUGUUGUUUAAUACAUAUUUUAUGUAAAUAUUGAAUUAUAAAACAUUGACUUACUAUACUAAAUAUAAUAUUUACAAAUUCCUCAACACUACACACAGGUUCUCUGUAUUUCCAUGUUCUCGUUAGGGAUAUCAUGUAGGCAUUUUAAGAUUGGGGAAACUAAGCAACGCUUACCUCCAUGAACAUUCGAUAUUGUAAAGUGCUGUGGAAUAAGUUGGCGUGACAAAUGCCAUUGAUAAUAAUAUAUGGUGCCGAGUAGCAAGCUGAAAGCAGCGACACACUGCUUCUAUUAGCAAUUGUAUUCAUGUCUUUUCAUGAAAGAAACUGAUCUAAAGUGUUGAUCUACACAUUCAGCACUCCCACUCAAAACAAAACUAGCACUAAAAUCCCUCUACAGCUUUCUAGACUAGAGACAGAUAACUUCUGGAACCUGCUAAUCAUGUGGAUUUGUAGCAAAAUCAGAGACUUUCAAAUAAUCUUUGAUAUCUGGUUCUGAUGCAUUAUCUAUAUAAAAAUAGGUGUAUUUGCAACAGUUUCUAGAUCCUUUGUGCAUUCUAAAAUUACAUGAAAAAUAAUAAUUUGUUGUGGGAAAUAUUGAAAUGUCUUCCUUUCCUAAACAGGUUCUGUUUACGUACAUCUGUGCAGUAAUGAAAGCUGGCUACCAGGAAGAAGAGAAUAAGCAUAACGAGAAGACUCCUACAAUGAAACGACUGGAAAAGAGUCAGGCGACUGCAAUGUAGAAAACAAAGGAAAGUCAUUAGAAGGCUGAGUACCAAUGUUUAUCAUUUCUGGGAGGUUUACAUCAAUCGCCCUCACUGGCCUAAUGUGCCAGAGGUGUUUAGCCAAUCUGCGUCAGGUUAUCGAGCAUCUCAAUACAGAUCUUAUUCAAUAUUCUUUCAUAUCCGGCAAAUGAAUCGGACUAAGCAGCACUGUGUGUUGUGUGAUCUGUAAUUGCUAUGCUUUAUUAGAAAAUGAGAAACAGAUUGGGUACAGCUCACUCUGGUAUACUGAAGGAGAAGGGGGGUAACCCCUAGUGGAAUCAAAAGGAAAGUAUGAAGGUAGUAUACCCGUAUUGGGGUGCUAGAAACGAAGUGCUAUGAGUAAUAAUACCGAUGGGAGGCUGAACAUACAAAUCAA